UAGAAGUCGACACUCCUUCACGACAGCACUCAGUACUUCACAGCACUGCACACUCAUGCGCAUGCUUACAGUAGCAGUUAAGAUAAGCAACGUGAAUAAGAACUGCAGCUCUACUCUACUGGGAUCUACUUUGUGGGACAUAUUUUCUCCAAAUACCUGCUUUUGAAGAGGUUUUGAUGAACCACCAUGGGACUGGGACUGAGACUUGUGCUGAAGCUAUCAACUGCAUAGGAUUGUGGGAUGAUCAACACGGACUGCUCUACUGAUUGCGACAUUAAUAAGGAGUGGCUGCUGUGUUUGUUUCUCAACAUUUGGAGCGUCAAGGGACCAACUGCAACAAUGGACCUGACUUUGUGGCAGUACCAGUUCAGGAUCAUCAUGCUGGGGGACUCCACAGUGGGCAAGUCAUCCUUGCUGAAGCGCUACACCGAAGACUUGUUCCUGGAGUCCAUCAACCAGACAGUGGGUGUAGACUUCUAUGUUCACUUCCUGGAUGUGAAGCCGGGGGUCCGUGUCAAAUUGCAGUUUUGGGACACAGCUGGACAGGAGAGGUUCAGAUCAGUGACCCGUUCUUAUUACCGCAACUCAGUCGGAGGCCUGCUGGUGUUUGACAUGACCAACCAAGACUCCUUUGACCAUAUUAAGGAGUGGCAUGCUGAAGUGUGCGAGCGAGUGCAGCCACAUAAAGUUCUGUUUGUUCUGGUGGGCCAAAAGAGCGACCGAGAUGCUCAGGGGGAGAGGGUGGUGAGUCGGGAAGAGGCUGAGAAACUGGCCAGGCAGCUAGAGGUGCCCUAUGUGGAGGCCUCUGCUCGGACAGGUGAGGGCGUGAGGGACGCCUUUGAGCUGCUAACUCGGCGGGUCUACCAGGGUCUGUUGAGUGGAGAGGUAGAGCUGCAGGAGGGCUGGGAUGGAGUGAAGUGCGCUACACCACAUACGCUGCAGUUGCAGAGAGCCAACCUGGCACAGCCCAGCACAGCCUCCAAGAACAACAAGUGUUGUGCUUAAACUGUGGACUGGUGGUGGUCAACCAUUUGCACUCAUGUUACCGUAGAACCUGAACCGGCCCCCAGGAAGUUGGAUUUGUAGUGGAUGUUUACUGUAAUAACGUGACCAUCACCUUGCACCUAUUUUGUGAAGAGACAAUCUUUGUUGACAUUCCUGAAAUGGAUUAAGAUUUAACUUUAGAAAUAAAGAUUUGAUAACUGAUAUUUUUAGUCCAGCCUGAAAAAAAAGCUUUUAAACCUAAAAAACUAUUGGAUGAAUUACCAUUCAGUUUAGAAGCUGGACAACCCUGGGGCCAAAGGUCACCUUCCUCCAUGAUAUUUAGCACAGACAUUCAUGGUCCCCGGAGGAUCAUUUCCUUCUGACUUUGGUGAUCCCUGCCUUUUCAUCUAGCACCACCAGCUGGUUAUUUUUGUUUUUUAGGGAAAUGUCUUCACAACUAUACAUUCAAGGUCCCUUUAAUCUAGCGCCAUCAUCAGGUUUAAAAUUAGAAUUCUUUUGUACGUGGUUUUUGAAAACUGAUGACACUGCCAUCUGACAUAAGCUAAACUAAGAUGGUAAACAUGGUCAUUUUAAUAAUAUAUUUUAUUUGAUGGUGCCUUUCAGGACAUCCAAAGCCACCUUGCUAAAAAAACAUGCUCAGAUAUAACCGCGAGACAUGCCGGCAAGGACAUACACAAAACACAACGGAACAAGAGACAUAUGACCCCAAUAUGAUCUAUAUCAGCAUGUUAGUAUUGUCACUGUGAGCAUGUAACUCAAAGUGGGCCUUUCUCACAAAGUUGCUAGUGUAACUGUAAACUUGUUAAAUUGCUAAAUCUAUAGCGUUUUCCAUUUAUAGGACUCUUAGAAAGUGACAUAGAGGUCCAUGCCAAGUUUCUAGGCCCACAGCUGAUUAGACUAAGAGGGACUGAUGAGGCCAUUGCCUACCUCAGUUCAGAAGGGCAGGAGAUGUAAUGACAUAUUGAGCCAAAGCCAUUGGUGCAGGAUGAAGCUGCAUGGAAGGGAUACCAUCACAGCUUCUCUAUUGAUUUUUGGACCUGUACAGUGAGAAAAUAGUUGCCAACCUUAUGCCUCAAAGGGCCUAUGAUAUAACUGAGUGGUCGCAAGUUGAUUAAAAAAGGUUUGUACUUUGGUUACAAUGAUAUUCAUUUUUUUCUCUUUUUGCUUGGGAAAUACUUGGCAUUAUCAACUCUCAAAGACCUGUUUUUCCUCAUAACCUGCACACCAUCUGUGAUUUCUGUCCAUGUUGCUCGUUCUGUCGAUGAUUGGCAGCAAUCAGGUUCCUUGGUGGAGAUUAGAAACAUCCCCCUAUGACUCAGUGAAUUAAUGGAUUGGUCCUGAAUAUUUGACUGGGAAAGGCUUUUUUGCAUCACCAGUAAUUGUGCAGCUGCAUGCUUAAAGUGAGUGAUGUUUUUUUAGGGGCUGUUUUUGAAAUAAUUAAAUGAAACAACUCUAGGGAGUCCCUUGGAUAUUGUGCUUUUGAAAUAUUGUGAAGUUUCCAUGGUAAUUACUGUCCAUCUGGUUGAUGAACAGCCUCCUGUGUUUCUGCAACCACAACGCCGACAACUGAUCUAACUUCUAAAAGACACCCAGAUUAAAGAUCAUUGAUGCGCAAAAAUGUCUGUAUACAGGUUAUUGUCCAUUGUUCUCUGCAGAUAUUGAGCAAGUGAACUGAUUUUACAUGAGCUACAAGGUAAAAUCCUUUUCCUUAACUCAUAACCCUUUCCCCUGCAUGUAGAAUUCAUGUUUUUUUCCAAAUUCAGUCUGGCAAAAGAUGCCAUAUUCCAAAAUAUCUUUUUGAUAACAGAUUAGUCAUUUAUUCUUUUUUUUUUUUAUCUGACAUUGUGAAAGGUCAACAUGUAGGCACCACUUCUAUUCAUAUUUUGAUAAAACUUGCUGAAAUAGACAAGUUAAAAUAAAAUUUACAUGGUGUUGAAAUAAAUGUCAGUGUAAUAAAACCUACAACCAGUAACGAUACAAAACAUGAAAUAUCUAACAGAGGCAACUUCAUUGCCACCAUUUGUAGUAGGAAUUUGGUAUUAUAGAUCCCCUUAAAUUAAAAACUAAACAGCCUUGUGUGAGUAGAGUGGGCAAACAGGGGAGCUAUAAUCCACUACAUACUCACCAGUUAUGAUCUAUUAUAUGCAAGACAACACCAAACAAUUUUUAACAUUCACAUCCAAAUGCUCUAGUAUCAAAAUGCAAUCCGGAUGCAGCAGUGGUCACCGAAAAGAAGUAUUCCAGUAAAUGUUUAUUGACAAAAAUGCAAUGAAUAGAGUUCUGCCAGGCUUAGCUUAAUGGCAACAAAACAAAAUCAUGAAACAAGAAUUACAUUGUGUGAUGGUGCUGGCAAAACACUCAAACAUUAGUGAGACAUAAUGAAACACUAUCUAAUG